AUGCAUGCUAGUGCAAAGAGUGUCUUGCUUUCCCUUGUUUGCAUCUCUGUUUUGGUGCAUGGGAUUCAUGCUGAAUGGAGAGAGGAGACAGGUUCUUUGGUCUUAGGUUGUGGGUUGGAUGAAGGAGGUGCCAAAGAUAAUGAUGGAAGGCAAUGGAGUCCUGACAACAAGUUUCUGGAGGCAAAUAGUGAUUCAAAAACAUCCAAAGCCUCAUACCAAGACCCUUCCCUUACAUCUGAGGUUCCAUACAUGUCUGCACGAGUUUUCUCAUCUGAGACAAAAUACAAUUUCCCUGUUCAACCUGAUAAGCGCUAUUGGCUCAGGCUUCAUUUUUAUCCCUCUCUUUACGGCAGUUUCAACCCCUCUGAUUCAUAUUUUUCAGUGACUGCAAAUGGGGUUACCCUCCUCUCCAAUUUCAGCGCUUCAAUCAUUUGUGAGGCCCUCUCACAAGCCUACAUCGACAGAGAGUAUUCCCUUGCUCCUUUGAAUACAGACACUUUGACCCUCACCUUCAAGCCUUCUGACAAGUCCAAUGGGGCUUUUGCAUUCGUGAAUGGCAUUCAGUUGAUCCCAAUGCCCGAGUUGUUUGAUUCCGCUGCAUUGGUAGGGAUGUCUGACCAAACCAUGGAUGUCAAGAGCUUGAAUUUGCAAACCAUGUUUAGACUUAAUGUUGGUGGACAGUAUAUAUCUCCUACCCAAGAUUCUGGCCUUACAAGGAUGUGGUAUGAUGACACACCUUACCUUUUUGGUGCAGCCACUGGUGUCACCAACCAGGCUGAGAAGGAUGUUUCCAUCAACUACCAGACCAUGCCACAGUACAUUGCCCCUCCUAAUGUCUACUCCACAUCAAGAUCAAUGGGGAAUGAUAAGGAUGUCAACAUGGGCUAUAAUCUCACUUGGAUGUUCCAUAUCGAUCCUAAUUCCAUGUACCUUACAAGGUUGCAUUUCUGUGAUUACUAUUAUUCCAAGAUCAAUGAGAUUGUUUUCAACAUAUUUGUCAACAACCAAACGGCACAAGUUGAGGCGGAUGUGAUUGGGUGGACAGGAGGCAAAGGCGUGCCAACUUAUAAGGACUAUGUGGUGUAUGUCCAAGGUGGGGAGGGUGAUCAGCACCUAUGGCUAGCUCUUCAUCCUGCACCUGAGACCAAGCCAGAGUACUAUGAUGCCAUACUCAAUGGGGUGGAGAUAUUCAAGCUCAAUGACAGAGACUUGUCUGCUCCUAAUCCUACUCCUUCGGAAUUGCUCCUCCAGCAGGAAGAGGAGGAUGCAGGUUUCACAAACAGCAGAGGAUAUCACAAGACUGCUGUUAUUGGUGGAGCUGCUGGAGGUGCUGCGGGUGCUGCCUUCAUGGCUGUAAUAUGUGUUGCUGUCUACAACAAGAAGAAGAGAGCACCAGGGUCAUAUACUCACACAAGCUGGUUGCCUCUUUAUUUGAACUCAAACGCGAAUAGCAGCAAAUCCACCUCGUGUGGGAAGAGCAUUAAUAGUGCCAACUUAUCUGCCAUGGCUCAAGGUCUUUGCCGCUAUUUCUCCUUACAAGAGAUAAAGAAAGCAACCAAGAAUUUUGAUGAGGCCAACGUUAUUGGGGUUGGUGGAUUUGGAAAGGUGUACAAGGGUGACAUUGAUAAUGGAAUUAAGGUGGCAAUUAAGAGGUCAAACCCGCAGUCAGAACAAGGAGUUAAUGAAUUCCAAACUGAAAUUGAGAUGCUUUCAAAGCUGAGACACAAGCAUUUGGUAUCCUUGAUUGGAUUUUGUGAAGAAAAUGAUGAGAUGUGCCUGGUUUAUGACUACAUGGCUCUUGGCACCUUUAGGGAACAUCUUUACAAGGGCAACAAGCCAAUGGCUACUCUAUCAUGGAAGCAACGGUUGGAGAUUUGCAUUGGAGCAGCAAGAGGGCUUCACUACCUUCACACAGGGGCCAAGUACACCAUCAUUCAUAGAGAUGUCAAAACAACAAACAUUCUCUUGGAUGAAAACUGGGCUGCCAAGGUUUCAGAUUUUGGGUUGUCAAAAACGGGUCCAAAUAUGAAUACUGGUCACGUUAGUACUGUGGUGAAGGGUAGUUUUGGCUAUUUGGAUCCUGAAUACUUCAGGAGGCAACAGUUGACUGAAAAAUCUGAUGUAUACUCAUUUGGGGUUGUUCUGUUUGAAGCCCUUUGUGCAAGGCCUGCUCUGAAUCCUAGUCUUCCAAAGGAUCAGGUUAGUCUUGCAGAAUGGGCAUUGCUCUGCAAGCAAAAAGGAACUCUAGAGGAUAUCAUUGAUCCCUGCCUCAAAGGAAAGAUUAAUCCAGAAAGCUUGAAGAAGUUUGUAGACAGUGCUGAAAAGUGUUUGUCUGAUCAUGGUGUUGAUCGUCCCUCCAUGAAUGAUCUAUUGUGGAAUCUCGAAUUUGCUCUCAACCUGCAAGAUAACGAAGGUGGUUCAACUCGCCCUGCACGUGUUGAAGAGAGUGAGUUUGAAGAAAUAAGCUUGGGGGACAACGACAUGGCAAACCAUUAUAAAAACCUGAGCCUUGGAAGUGAGCAUGAGCUUGACCAUGAUUCCAAUAUGAAUUCCAAUCCCACCUUCUCACAACUUGCCAAUCAAAGCGGCCGAUAA